AUGAGAAGAAGCCCGAGCCCACCCACUUCUGCAUCGACUCUCUCUUCGUCUUUCAACGGCGGUGGUGGUGGUGGGGGUGACAAAACGACGCCGCUGGCGGCGGAGACAUCGCCUCCGGUGGGACCCGCGUCGACCAAAGACGAGUGGGCCUGCGAGCUUCAAUCGAUUCCGAGCGGCGGGUUGGAGGCCGUGACUGGAUCAGGAGGCGUCGAGAGAUGCGGGCUUGGGCUUGGUGGGUUGGAGGACUGGGAGACCAUGCUCUCCGAAACGGCGGCGUCUCCGGGUCAAGACCAGUCGCUUCUCCGGUGGAUCGCUGGGGAUGUGGACGACACGUCGUUUGGGCUCAAGCAGCUCUUGCAGAGCGGGAACCAGAACGGCAGCAACAACAACAACAGCAACCCUCUUGAUUUUGACGGCAAUGCCGGUUUGGGAAUCGUCGAUCAGGGCCCGGGUUUCGACCUAAUCGGUAGCAGCGUUUCGGGCACGAGUGUUUCGGGGCCGAAUUUCGGGUUUUCCAGUUCUGGGUUUGUGAGCAACGGCAAUAAUAGCAGUAAUGGGAAGGUGAGUUUUGUGCCUGGCUCUUCUGGGUUGCUAAAUUACAAGGUUUCAAAUGUUGGGUUGAUGCACAACAACAACAAUGGUGGGGGCAACAGUGUCAAUUGCAACAUUCAAAACCCCAUUUUCUUUAAUUCAUCGAACACUAUGGCUCUUCCUGUUUCUUUGCCUCUUGGUCAUGUGGUUUACCAGCAGCAACAGUUUGAGAGCAGCCCAGAUGAGAAGCCUCAGAUUCUGAACCCACAGCUGUUCAUGAACAACCCGAAUCAGCAGUCUCAGCUUUCUCAAAAUCCAAACUUUUUUAUGCCACUGGCUUAUGCCCAGCAAGAACAACACCACCUGCUUCAGUCCCAGGCCAAACGCCACAACUCGGGUGGAAUUGUAGACCCUGGCUCGCAUCAGAUCCAAAAAGUUCAGUUUUCUGAUCCGGGUCAUGAGUUUUUGCUGAGAAAACAUCAGCAGCAGCAGCAGCAGCAAUUUGGGUAUCCUCAAGGCAUGCAAUUUCUGCCUCAGCAGCAUCAUGUUCCGCAGAAGCCAUUGAUGGUGCCGAAGCCGAAGGUUGCGGUGGGCCAUGGUGAAGAAAUGGCUCACCAGCAACAGCUCCAGCAUACUUUGCUCGACCAGCUCUAUAAGGCCGCAGAGCUGGUAGGGACUGGGAACUUUUCACACGCGCAAGGGAUAUUGGCGCGGCUCAAUCACCAGCUUUCCCCUGUUGGAAAGCCCCUUCAGAGGGCUGCUUUCUAUUUCAAGGAGGCUUUGCAACUCCUCCUCCUCAUGAACAAUCCAGCUACCUCUCCUCCACCAAGAACCCCAACCCCAUUUGAUGUCAUCUUCAAAAUGGGUGCUUACAAAGUGUUCUCUGAAGUUUCUCCACUAAUUCAGUUUGUCAAUUUCACCUGCAACCAGGCUCUUCUUGAGGCCGUCUCAGACACAGACCAGAUUCACAUUGUCGAUUUUGAUAUUGGGUUUGGUGCUCAUUGGGCUUCCUUUAUGCAGGAGCUUCCUGUCAGGAAUAGGGGAGCUACUGCCCCUUCACUCAGAAUCACUGCAUUUGCCUCUCCUUCGACUCACCACCCGGUUGAGCUCAGGCUUAUGCGUGAUAAUCUAACCCAAUUUGCCAAUGAGAUUGGGAUAAGUUUUGAGCUUGAAGUGGUUAACUUUGAUUCUCUGGACCAGAGCUCUUACUCCCUGCCCAUUGUUCGAGCCAACGAUAAUGAGACAGUUGUUGUGAAUUUCCCCAUUUGGUCUACUUCAAAUCAACCGGCUGCGUUGCCCAAUCUCCUUCGCUUUGUGAAGCAGCUGUCUCCCAAAAUUAUGGUGUCCUUGGAUAGAGGGUGUGAUAGAAGUGACCUUCCAUUCCCGCAGCACAUUCUGCAGGCCCUCCAGUCCUACAUAAACCUUUUGGAAUCUCUUGAUGCGGUUAAUGUGACCUCAGAUGCUGUGAACAAGAUUGAGAGGUUCCUCCUUCAGCCGAAGAUUGAGAGCACUGUUCUAGGGCGUCUUCGAGCCCCGGACAAAAUGCCCCUUUGGAAAACGCUUUUUGCCUCUGCCGGUUUCACCCCUGUACCCUUCAGUAACUUUACUGAAACGCAGGCAGAAUGUGUGGUGAAGAGGACUCCAGCAAGGGGAUUUCAUGUGGAGAAGCGUCAAGAGUCACUUGUUCUAUGCUGGCAGCGUCGAGAGCUCAUCUCCGCUUCAGCCUGGAGGUGCUGA